GGGGCGGGGCGCAGGUCCAUAGCGGCAGAAACCGGGUGAAGCCCCGCGGGCUUGUUUCAGCCCGGAGAAUCCCCUGCCCCCGGAUGUGGGAACGGAUCGACCCGGUGGCUCCGAGCCCGGUGCCCAGCCCGCCCCGGUACCAGCUCGGUGCCGUGGGCUCGCCCAUGACCCGACCCUACUGCUCGGUCCCAUGGGACGAGGGGGAUGCCGGUUGACCUUCUGUCCCCCCUCCCCAUCCCCGCCACCGGGGCCGCGGAGCAGGCAGCGACGGGCCCGGUGUAACGGGGAAAGCGAGUGCCGUAUCGCGGCGGGGUGCUGGCGGGGCCGGGCGGGCCCCGGGCUUCCUGCGGCGGCGCCGGGCAGGAAGCGGCUGUUGGCGGCGGCUUUCCUGCCCCGGGGGCCCCGGCGGCGGGGAGCGGGACCAGGGCCCCGUCUUUCCCCCCCGGUCCCGUCGGACGGGGGCUGGGGGCUGCCCCAGGGCGCUGACUCCGCGGCUCCGGGCGCUCCAGGCUCCGGGGAGCCGCUUCUCAGCGCUGGGGAGGUGGCCCCUACGCGGGGGGAGCGGGGGCUGGCCGGUGCCCGCAGCCCGCCCGGGCCCGCAUCUGAUGCCGUCGGAGCUUCGCUGAGUCAGGCGGGGGCGGGGGGAGCCCGGUGUCCUCCCGACCUUCCCGGGCAUUGGCUCGGAGCCGGGCCGGGGAUCGGGAUAAAUCCGCGGGCGUAGCCCCAGCCCGGCUGCAGCGGUCCCGGCAUGGGAUGAUGCUCCCCGGGAUGCGGCUGCUCCGCUGCCGGCUCCUUCCCCUGCUCCUUCCCCUGCUCCUGCCUCUGCUCCAGCGGGGGCACGGGGAUGCCGAGUACGGGGACCUCGAGGAUGAAGGUCACUACCUGUACCUGGACGAGGACGGGCUGCUGGAGGUGCUUGGGGGGGCGGCUGGCUGCCAGGACACCUACCAGGACUGGAUCUCCCUCUACUGCUGGGCCCCCUUCCACGCCACCCUCAUGGCCAUCCCUGAGGGCAGCCGCUGCCGCUGGGACCAGAUCAGCAGCACCUACAGCGAGCUCUCCAGCUGCACCCAGCUGCUGGCCCAGCUGCUCUCCUGCCCCUGGCCCAACACUGUCCUUGACACCUUCUUCCUGCAGGUCCACGCUGAGUACUUCACCAACUGCACGGGGGCUGGGUCCCCCCGGCUGGGCGCGCUGCCCCCUGGCAUGGCUGUGGCUGUGGCCGUGGGGCUCAGCUGCCUCGUGCCCCUUGCAGCAGCCCUCACACUCAGCAGAGCCCGGAGAGGGGCUCAAACCCCGGCGGGCAGCUGCCCAGCCCCUGCCUGCCCCCAUGCCCGCGAGAGGCUGGCAACAGCCCCCUUCCCUCCCAGCCCUGGGAACUAAUGAGUGGGCUGAGGGUGAGGGGGCAAGGCAGAGCUGGGACGGGGGUCUGGGUGUCCCUGGGGCUGGAGUGGGUCCCGUGGCACAAGGGACGGCUGGACCUGGGGCUCUGGGUGCCUGUAUCUGCCCUGGGUAGGGGGGCAGUGUCAGGAGGAGGGUCUGGGGCGCUGUGUCCUGACCCUGUGUGGGCUGAGCCCCUUCCUCAGCACCCUGGGGUGGGGGCUGGCAGGGAACGCUGGG